GAAUCCAGGCAUCAUGACCUCAUAACAUGUGACUAAUCAAUGAUUUGCAGCUCAGACACAAACAGGCAGGAAGUUAACUGAGCCGUGAAUGAAACCUGUGAUUGUUAACUGUGGCUCUGAGGAAUAAUCACAUCUCCUCUUACAGAACUAAAGCAGCUGGUUUUAUGACUCUGAUUUAUUUUUAAAGCCAAUAAAAUAUUCCCAAACAGUAUUUAUCCAUCAUCUAUACGGUUCAUCCAAAAACAAAAUCCUCCAAGAGAGAACUGCAUUUCAUCCUGACUGAGGGUCAGUGUUGGUGUAGUACCUCCUACAGCCGGCGGCGGCAGCACUGAGCAGAGUGAAGACGACGUGUCCGCCAUGUUUGAUUCUACGUAGAAUUCACCUGCUCUUCAUCGGAGUGAGUUGUGUUUUGGUUCGCUCAGCUGCACCUGACACCGACCUGAGCUCAGCUGACAGGUCGCUGAGAAGCUUCACUUUCCUGCUGCGACUAAAUAUUUUUAACUUUAAUCUGAUGCGAGACGUUUUUAGGCGCGAAGGACGGUGAUGAGUGUUUGCGCCGGGGCAGCUGGGACGGACUGUGUGACGCCGACUGGAGCUAGCAAACAUUAGCUUACAUGCUAAACCACAGUCAAACCGGAGGAUUUCCUGCCUAAGAGGCGGUGGUUUAUCGGGACAGCCCCUCUCUACAGAAUCCCACAGUAACGAGCUGUCCACCUUCAGAAGGAGCAGAGGAUGAGGAGAUGAAUGGAGUGAAAGUGGAAGCAGAGCAAAGAGGAGAGGACUGUCAGCAGCUUCCUGCUCGAGGAGAGGAGACUGUUCCAGAGACUCCACCUGCACCUGUGUUAAAACAAACCGUCCGUCAGUCAAAACGCCGUCACCUCUGCUCAGUAUGUGGCAGAGAGUUCUCUCGUCCGUCUCGCCUGGCCGAUCACAUGAGCGCCCACUCGGGCGACAAACCUCACAGCUGCUCCGUGUGCGGGAAACGCUUCACAAAGAAGAUAAACGUGGUGGUUCAUCAGCGGGUCCACACCGGUGAGAAGCCGUACUCCUGCCCGGACUGCGGGGUCAGCUACGCCCAGCUGGGCUGCCUGCGGCGCCACCGGCUCCGACACGCCGCAGAGAAGCCCCACCGCUGCUCGGCGUGCGGCCGCGGGUUCAUCCAGCGGCGACACCUGGUGCAGCACGAGCGGACGCACACCGGAGAGAGGCCGUUCUCCUGCCCGCUGUGCCCCAAACGCUUCGCCUCCAGGACGGGCCUCAGCGACCACCAGAAGACGCACGGAGAGGAGAACCUGCGCUCCUGCCCCGUCUGCAACAAGGUGUUCUCCACGCCGUCCUCCUACAGGGAUCACGUGAGGCUCCACACAGGAGAGAAACCACACCCCUGCUCGCUGUGCUGCAAGAGCUUCAACCGGCCGGGACUGCUGAGGAAACACCUGCAGAAACACAGCGAGGAGGACAGAGCGCUCAGAGCUGAAGAUGCUGCACACACAGGGGAGACGCCUCGUCGCUGCUUCCUGUGCCUCAAAGAUUUCUCCACCACCGAGAAGCUGCAGCAGCACAGGCAGCUCCACCAGGGGGCGCUGCAGUUCGUCUGCGACAUCUGCGGCCGGGGUUUCACCAGAGGGUCGCGGCUGAAGGAGCACGUGAGGUCUCACACCGGGGAGAGGCCGUUUCAGUGUGACGUCUGCAAGAAACGCUUCUCCAUGCAGAGAGUGUUCAGGAAGCACCAGGAGAUCCACAGCAGGAGGAGGGACGCCGCCGCCGCCGCCACGGAGAGCAGCCCCGCCCCGUCAGGAGGAGACCACCAGGAGCAGCUGAGUGUCUGCAGUGUGGGUCAGGUGAACAGGCUGCAGGAGCUGCAGGUCGACGACAGAAACAACAGUGGAGGAGAGGACGUGGUGCGUUCACUGUCUGAGCUCAGUCCCAGUGACAUGAAGAAGCCUCACAGCUGCUCCGUCUGUGGGAAGAGCUACCCGAGGCCGUCCAGGCUCCGAGAGCACUUCAAGAUCCACGCGACUGGAGAAGCCGCACCGCUGCUCGGUGUGCGGGAAGGCCUUCACCGCCACCACCAACCUGAGGGCGCACGAGAAGACGCACAUGGCCGACAAACCUCACCCCUGCAGCAUCUGCCCCAAGAGCUUCCUGAGGCCCUGCCUGCUCCGCAAACACAUGAGGAUCCACAUCAGGGACGGACUCAUCGCCGACCCCCAGGACAAGGAGUUCUGGUCCAACCUGCAGACUGUGGAGGAGGAGAAAGAAGGGAUGAAGAUGAUGGAGGAGGAGGACUCUGAAGACCUCAACACCACCUCAGACCCCAUCAUCAUGAAAGCCAGACCUCUACCUGGUAACCACGACAACGACGAAGAACCUGAGGCAGGAGACGUCAGCGGUUUGAUCAACUCUGAUGGAGAAGAAGAAGCCUGGAGACCAGC